CUGAUAAGCCGAGCAGUGCUGUAAAACUGCUGAUAAGCUUGAAGUGCAUCGGUUGCACUGGAAAGCUCAGCUUUGACAUCUGCGCCAGCUGCAUCAGCUUGAGCGCGGCCAACUUAGUGAAAGCCGGUUCCGGUUUGGUCAUUUUUCUAAUGACCGGCUGCGUACAUAGACGCGUAAUUAUUGAAGAUUUAAAUCGGAAGGCAUCGAGCGCUAUUGGGAAAUUUUUUAUUGUCUUUGCUAUUAUUUGGAUUGGUUUUGCUGCCUUCAAGGCCUUGUUUCUCGCUUCGCAGCAUACCGCCAGUUUGCUUCGGCCAAGUGCCGCAGCUUAUCCAGCGGAGCACCCCUGCAGGCCAUUCUCGGCCAGCGGAGCACCUCUCCGGCCCUCACGGCCAGCGGAGCACCCCUGCACAGGCUCUCUCGGCCAGCGGAGCACCUCUCCGGCCCUCACGGCCAGCGGAGCACCCCUGCACCGGCCCUCUCGGCCAGCGGAGCACCUCUCCGGCCCUCACGGCCAGCGGAGCACCCCUGCACCGGCCCUCUCGGCCAGCGGAGCACCUCUCCGGCCCUCACGGCCAGCGGAGCACCCCUGCACCGGCCCUCUCGGCCAGCGGAGCGCCUCUACAGGCCACUGCCUGGCCAGCGAAGCGCCUUUAGGUGCCAACUUUAACUCUCAUCUCAUCUUUACUUCCCUGAACAUCAGCGACUAGAUCGCUUGUACAAAUAUAGUGUGCGUGUGUGUUAAAGUGAAUUUAUGAGAAAUUAAAACCAAAUCUGAAAAGUUUAAAAUGAUGCGCUACAUUGUAUAAAACAAAAAAAAUAGUGAAACAAUAUGAUAGAGUAAAAGCUCAACAGUGUAGCGCCGCUCAGCACAAGUUAAAAUGAAACAUGUUGAGAAAAAUUUAGUAUAGCAAAAAUCGCAAAAAUUGCACAGAAAUUUUAAAAAUUAAAAUAAUUAAAUUUAAUUUAAUUUAGUUAAAAUUGUUUAAAGAAAUGAAUACGAUAAAAAGUUAAAAGUUGAAAAAUUAUUUAAAAAUUGAAAGUGCAUUUGUUCACAAA